AUGUUCAUGGGGAAAAUGAGUCUUUUGGGGAUUUUCCUGUUGGGUUUUGCUGCAAUGGCAUCCUCUGUUCAUGGAUACGACGCUGGGUGGGUCAAUGCUCAUGCCACUUUCUACGGUGGAAGUGAUGCUUCUGGAACAAUGGGUGGCGCUUGUGGGUACGGGAACCUUUACAGCCAAGGUUACGGAACCAACACGGCGGCGUUAAGCACCGCACUGUUCAACAACGGCCUUAGCUGCGGCGCGUGUUUCGAGAUCAGGUGCCAGAGCGACGGCGCGUGGUGUUUACCUGGUGCUAUUGUCGUUACAGCCACCAACUUCUGUCCUCCCAACAACGCUCUGCCUAAUACCGCAGGUGGUUGGUGUAACCCUCCGCUUCACCACUUUGAUCUCUCUCAGCCUAUCUUCCAACGCAUUGCUCAUUACAAAGCUGGUGUUGUCCCUGUUUCUUACAGAAGGGUUCCGUGUAAGAGAAGGGGAGGUAUAAGGUUUACAAUCAAUGGCCACUCUUACUUCAACCUUGUCUUAGUUACUAAUGUCGGCGGUGCUGGAGAUGUUCGCUCUAUGGCGGUUAAAGGUUCAAGAACAAAGUGGCAGCCAAUGUCGAGGAACUGGGGGCAAAACUGGCAAAGCAACAAUCUUCUUAAUGGUCAAGCAUUGUCUUUUAAGGUUACUGCUAGUGAUGGUCAAACCGUUGUCUCCAAUAACGUUGCUCCUGCUAGUUGGUCUUUCGGACAAACCUUCACCGGCCGUCAAUUCCGUUAG